UCGAUGGAGAAUAUUUCAGCAGCAACUGAAUUUUUUCUUGUGGGCUUAACAGAUGCCCCAGAACUUCAGAUCCCAUUAUUUAUCAUUUUCACUCUCAUCUACUUGAUCACACUGAUUGGGAACCUUGGGAUGAUCAUGCUGAUUCUCUUGGACUCCCGACUCCACACUCCCAUGUACUUUUUCCUCAGUAACCUCUCCCUGGUGGACUGUGUUUAUGCCUCAGCUGUCACUCCCAAGGUAAUAGAAGGGUUUCUCACAAGAAAUAAGAUCAUAUCCUACAAAGCAUGCGCUGCCCAGAUGUUCUUCUUUGCAGCCUUUGCUACUAUUGAAAGUUUCAUCCUGGCCUCAAUGGCCUUUGACCGGCAUGCAGCAGUGUGCAAACCCCUGCAUUACACCAGCACCAUGACAAGUAUCGCAUGUGUCCUAAUGGUUUCUGUCGCCUACAUUUGUGGGAUCCUGCAGUCCUGCAUUCAUGUUGCCUUUACUUUCCAGCUCUCCUUCUGUCAUUCCCAUGUCAUUAACCACUUUUUCUGUGACAUUCCUCCCUUGCUUGCUAUUUCUUGUUCUGAUAUCUAUAAAAAUGAGAUCACCCUCUUUACAUUAGCAUCAUUUGAUGUUGCUUUCAGUCUCUUUGUUAUCUUGAACUCUUACCUGCUUAUUUUUGUUGCAAUCCUGAAGAUGCACUCAGCUGAGGGCCGAAAGAAGGCUUUCUCCACCUGUGCUUCCCACAUCACCACUGUUUCCAUCUUCUUUGGGACAAUCAUUUUCAUGUACUUACAGCCAAGCUCUAGUCACUCCAUGGACACUGACAAGGUGGCUUCUGUCUUCUACACCAUGAUUAUACCCAUGCUUAACCCUCUUGUCUACAGCCUGAGAAAUAAAGAGGUCAAGAAUGCAUUCCAGAAACUCAUUGGAAAAACAAAGUCUGCAUUUGUCUCAGACAGAUAA